AUGCGAGUUUAUCAAGAAGACACCCCGCCAUCAUCGGUCAACGGUGAUGAAAUUAUCGGUAUGGAUGAGGAGAAUAUGAUGUACUUCGAAGAAAUGGAUGAUAUGCCUGAAGACUUUGAGGAGAUGGAAGAAGUGUCAGAUCAAGAAGAAGAAGAUACUGAGAUGGAGCGCCCUGUGGAUCAUGCUGUCACAGUUUUUAAUAAACACACUGGGUCAGUAUUCUGCUGUGACCUUCACCCAAGUGGUAAAUGUGCAGUUACAGGUGGAGAAGAUGAUAAAGCAUUUGUUUGGUCUGCUGACAGUGGUGAUGUUAUUAUGGAAUGCACGGGUCAUAAAGAUUCUGUUAUAUUUGUUGGCUUCAGCUUUGAUGGAACAUUUUUAGCCAGUGUUGAUAUGAGCGGUCUUAUAAAAGUUUGGAAAUGUAACCUAGAAAAUGCCCAACAAGAGUGGACACUAGCAUUUGAAUAUGAAGCUGAUGAUUUACAUUGGGGUCUGUGGCAUUUUGGAACAAGAGUACUCUUUUGUGGGGCUUCAACUGGUGAUAUUUUUGUAUUUAAGAUUCCUUCAGGAGACACAAAAAUCUUACCUGGUCAUAAUAUAAAGACAGAAUGUGGUAAGAUGUUUCAGGAUGGUGUCCGUUUAGCAUGUGGGUAUGAAGAUGGUUCAGUAAAAGUUUGGGAUCUAAAGACAAAUACUGUACUCCAACAAUUGCCACCAAAUAUUCAUCAAAUGCGAGUAACUGCUAUUGACACUCAUCCCGAAAACAAUUUAGUUGCUUCUAUAUCUGCUGAUGGUAAUCUAGGUAAGGCUAUUCUUAUGACAUCAGUCAAUGGUAAAAUUGUGUCUCAAUUGGAAACUGAGAAUGAUCUAGAAGCAGUGGCAUUUUCAAAUGCUCAGUUGGGAUAUUUUGCUUUAGGUACAUUAAAUGGUGCUGUUACUAUUUGGGAUGUUGGAAGACAAAUGAUCAGGCAUCAUUGUUCAAAAUCAGAGGAUGAUGUAGCAGCAGGGGUUACCAAGUUGUUUUGGGUAAAGGACCAGCUUGUAACUGGUUGCCUUGAUGGUUCAAUAAGAGUAUAUCAGGGAAGAUCUGGAGAAAGAAGUUUCAUGCUAACUGGACACUGGUCAGAAAUACUUGAUUUGUGCUAUAAUGAAAAAGAAAACAUUCUAUUAUCAUCUUCUGAUGAUGGCACUGCAAGAAUAUUUAAGUAUGACACAACAUGUGAU